GGCGGAUAGAGGAGCCCCGAACACCUGAUCCCGGAAAGGAGGCUUCGGAGCGGAAGGAGGCGGCAGGCCGGGCCAGGUUUGAGUCGUCCCCGCCGUCAUGUGCGCAGCGGUGGGCAUGGGCGCGAAGCCCCUGAAGCCGCGGCCGCCGGACAAGGGCGCCUUCCCCUUGGACCACCUGGGUGAAUGUACAGCUUUUAAAGAAAAAUUCAUGAACUGCCUGAGGGUGAAUAAUUUUGAGAGUAGUGUCUGCAGAGAAGAAUCCAAGGAAUACUUAGAAUGCAGAAUGGACAGGGAAUUGAUGGCCAGGGAGCCACUGAGAAAACUGGGUUUUAAAGAGAAACUUGAAGAGAAAUCAGAUAUUCAGCCAAAGACAUCGGAGUGAAGGAAAACAGCCCAAACGGUCUGUUACGGAAGGCCUCAAAUCUAUAGUAGUACAUAUUGUACAUUGUAUAUUUCACAUUUUACUCUAAAAAUGAAGCGCUUCUGAAAAGAUAGUGCUGCAACUCACCAAGGAGAAGAUUUUUGCUCCACAGGUCUGCUCAGAGAUACCGUGUUCAGUCAGGCUUUUCCCCAGAUAAGUGAGCAGAGAAUUGCAAGAGAGAAGGUUUACCUGGGAGUAAGCUGCACUCCAUCCAAAGAGACCGCCUUCUGAAAUAGGGAUAGGGUUAUGUUCAUAGUGAAGGAGGUGAAAAUCACCUUGGGAAAUAUAGGUUUACCCCACAGGCUACUUGUUCAUUCUUCUUAAAGAAUGCUGUUCCAGAUGUUUAGCUUUUAGAGUCGUUGUUGUCUUCAGUGCCCCCAGCGGUUGUGGAUUCCAACUCUCCAGAUUCUUUACCUUUGCCUUGUUCUGGCUGAGGCUGAUGGGAAUUUUCACCUCCUAACCUAUCAGAGCUUCUUCCUUGAAAGGAUGCUUGCACAGAAAUAAGCCGUGUUGGACGUCACUGAUGGGUCUUGCGUGCCGAGGAAAAGAGAUCAGGAUGAGCAUUUAAAUAAAUGGGUCGGAUAUCUUAACUGCAAGAAUGCUGGUAUCUUAAUACUACAGCCCUCGUCUCUCUGGCUUGUUUAAUGAAAAUGAUAUUUCUUCUUAGGUGCAAAUUUGUUCAAUGAUUUAAAAAAGGGUAUUGAUUAUUUCCAAAAUGGGUGCAUGCCGUGUGUAAUUUUAUAAAUUUGGUUUCCUUAAAUA